AUGAGUACAGCCGGCUUGUCAGCUCGCUUUCAGGAGUUGGAUCUGGAGCGGAAGCGAAUUGAAUCCGAAGUUGCUGAAUUUGCAGAGGUCCUGAAGAGUGUUAGUCCCCCUGACCUUGAGCGUGCAUUUCCUUGUUGUAAUGUUGUUUAUCCUACGUAAUCAUAUUCGCACUGCGAAUAUAGCAUAAAAAUGGUAACGUGCGUCCCCCUAUCUUUGUCUAUGACAGAAUCAAAAUGUUGGCAUGCAUGGACCCCUGAUUGAUGCGGACGGAUUUCCGCGCUCAGACAUCGAUAUUGUGGCCGUACGCACAGCCCGCAAUCGAAUAAUAUGUACGUUUUGUGUAUUGUUAGUGAUCUUAGACAUACCUUCUCCGCCAACAUAUUAACCGGAUCAAGCUAGUCAUACCCCCCCCCUCCAACUUCCCGUCAGAAGAGGAACUCUACUUAAUCCUACGUUGAUUUUUGAUGCCUGCUUGGCGCUAUCUAAGCCUGAAUUAGUCCUAAAAGUUGGCAUUUUCAUCGAAUUAUUCAAGUAACACUUAUUUGUCGCCUUUGUCGACCGUUGUGGGAAUCCGAAAUUCAUAACCCUGGGAACCUUUGCCUUGGGACCG